AUGCAACGCCAACUUCGAACGACAGCAAUGCGAAUAUGCGGCUGUCGAAGAUUCUCCUCCGCCGUCUUUCUUCGACAAAUGCAACAAGAUAGAUCCACGGAAUCGAGUCUUUUGCAUAAUGUCAAGAGCUUUUUCACUCCGAGAAAGCUGCAACACCAACUUGAUCUCGAGGCACGCGAAGAGCGGGAAAACGCAACAAAUCCUUAUAUUCAGUACCCGCUAGUCACCAAAGAACAGAUGCGCCGUAUUUCCACCGAUAGAUAUCGAUUCGAAGUGGGCUAUGCCUCCUUUGCUCACCACAGUGUCAAUACCAGCCCCAUCGUACAUUCUUUGAGCGAUUUGACCGAUCCAGCGCAGCUUAAUUCCCUUCUACCGCGAAGAAGACCUCACGGUUCUCCUGCUGAUACGUUGUCUAUCAAGGCCGGUGACGAUGCAAUGUUGGUGUCGCCUACAGUGAUGGCUAUCGCCGACGGGAUAUCGGGAUGGGAGUCCAAAGGAGAACAGUGCUCAUCGGGGAUAUGGGCACGCUCCAUGCUCGAAACUUUGAGUCGUUUGAUGACCGAAUACAAAUUAAGCCAUUCUCCGCAUCCUCUUAACAGUCGGGACAUUGAUCAGAUCCUAGAUGACUCGUACCUCCACACAUCACAUUUAAUGGACCUUCAGGAUUUAAAGGGCUCCUCUACCCUUAUAUUGGCGAUGUUGAGUGGAGAAACGCUCAAGUACAUCAGUAUUGGAGACUGUAAGUUGUUUGUCGUUCGUGAGGGUGAAAUCAUCCUAUCCAACAAAGAACAAAUGGCCGAUUACUUGUGUCCAGUACAGAUCGGAACACAAACUUUAAGCGUUCUUCCAUCAGAGGUGGCUGUUGUUGACGAGAUUGACUUGAAGGUUGGUGAUAUCAUCGUCAUGUGCUCAGAUGGAGUCUCUGAUAAUUUAUACGAUUGGGAGCUUUUACAAGCACUCGAUGAGUUUUUGAACUUUAAAAAGGAUAAUCUUCGAGCUGUCGCCAACAAGAUCAUUGCCCAAUGUAAAUCCGUGGCCUUUGAUGAUAAUGCUUACACACCUUAUAAUGAGAAGGUGCUGAAGUUGCCGUCUGCAAGAUUUGGCAAGAACAUAUCUUUGGGUGGAAAAAUGGAUGAUAUGUCGCUAUGCAUAGCACGAGUGUCUCCCAACAAACAAUAG